AUGUCCAAGACAUUUUUCGCCAAGGUCAAGAGCGUGCUCUCAGGCGAUACGCUGAUCUUGACGAACCCUCAAAACCCCAAGGCCGAGCGAACUUUCUCCCUGGCCUUCGUUGACGCCCCACGCCUGCGCAAGGAGGGCGACGAACCCUACGCCUUCCAAGCCCGCGAAUACCUCCGAGAAAACGUCGGCAAGCAGGUCCAAUGUACCGUCCUCUACACCGUUCCCUCUGGUCGUGACUUUGGCACCGUCCUGCUGUCAAGAGAGGGCCCAUCACUACCCGAUGAGGCUGUCAAGGCCGGCUGGCUGAAGGUCAGGGAAGAUGCUGGUCGCAAGGAAGAGUCGGAAGAAAUUCUCGAACGCCUUGAUCUGCUUCGUGGCCUCGAGAGCCAGGCCAAGAGCGAGUCUAUUGGUGUCUGGUCUGGCUCUGGCGGCUCGAUCCAGGUUCAGAAUGACCUCGGCGGCCCUGAGUUCAUGAACCAAUGGAAGGGCAAGACGGUUGACGGCAUCAUCGAGCGCGUCCUCAGCGGCGAUCGUCUGCUCGUCCGCCUGCUGCUCUCCGACAAGAAGCACGCUCAGGUCAUGACGUUGCUUGCUGGUGUGCGCACGCCCGCCACGGAGAGGACAGUACAGUCCACUGGCCAGACGCAGCCGGCGGAGGAGUUUGGCAACGAAGCAAAGACUUUCGUCGAGGAGCGUAUGCUUCAGCGCAAGGUCAAGGUUGACAUUGUCGGUGCCAGCUCCCAGGGCCAGCUUGUCGCUACCAUCAUCCACCCCAACGGUAACAAGAACAUUGCCGAGUUCUUGCUGUCAGAAGGCCUUGCUCGCUGCAACGAUUUCCACUCGACGAUGCUUGGCGAGAAGAUGGCCCCGCUGCGCGCGGCCGAGAAGACGGCCCAGGGCAAGAAGAUCCGCCUGCACCAGAACCACGUUGCCAAGGAGGGCGGCGCUCAGUCUGACAUGACCGUCACCAAGAUUGUCGGCGCCGACACCAUUAUUGUCCGCAGCAAGGAAGGAAAGACGGAGAAGCGCAUCAACUUUAGCAGCAUCAGGGGUCCCCGCGCUGGCGAGCCGACCGAGGCGCCGUACAGAGACGAGGCCAAGGAGUUCCUGCGCAAGAAGGUCAUUGCUAAGCACGUCCGUGUCAGCAUUGAUGGCCACAAGGCCGCCGCUGAUGGCUUCGAGGCUCGCGACGUUGCUACUGUGACGGAGAAGAACCAGAACAUCGGUCUGCUCCUGGUCGAGCAUGGCUACGCCACGGUCAUCCGCCACCGCAAGGACGACACGGAUCGGGCUUCCAACUACGACGAGCUUCUUGCGGCCCAGGAGAAGGCCAAGGAGGGGAAGAAGGGCAUCUGGUCGGGCAAGGCGCCCAAGAUCAAGCAGUACAUCGACGUCUCCGAGUCUCUGCAGAAGGCCAAGCUGCAGCUGGCUGGUCUCCAGCGCCAGAAGAAGGUUGCUGGUGUGGUUGACUUUAAGUUCCACAUCGACUCGAAGAACGCCAAGCCUCUGGGAGACGCGCCCAAGACGGGCGAGUUCGUCGCGGCCAAGUACUCGGUUGACGGCCAGUGGUACCGUGGACGUGUCCGCUCCAAUGACCGGGCCAACAAGGUGGCUGAGGUGCUCUUCAUCGACUACGGCAACUCGGAGAAGAUUGCGUGGAAGGACCUGCGUCCCCUUGACCAGCCGCAGUUCAGCACGCAGAAGCUCAAGGGCCAGGCCUCGGACGCGUCCCUGUCGUUUGUGCAGCUGCCGACGGCGCCCGAGUACUUCCGCGAGGCGCAGGACUUCAUCGCCAACAUCACUGGAGGCAAGGAGCUGGUGGCGAGCUUUGACUUUGUCGACACGAAGGAGGGCGUCAGCUACAUCACGCUGUACGACUACAACUCGGGCUCCGGCAAGCCGGGCCCCAACGACUCGAUCAACAAGGAGGUCCUCGCCGCUGGUGCCGGUCUUGUGCCGACAAAGCUCAAGGCGUGGGAGCGCAGCGGACAGCACGCGUCGUACCUGAAGCACCUCAAGGAGGUCGAGUCGCAGGCCAAGCAGGAGAGGCAGGGCAUGUGGGAGUACGGCGACAUUACGGAGGAUUAG